UCGACCAUAUAACAGCAGACAGGUCUUCCUCAGUGGAGGGGGGGCACCUGCUGUCCCGCGUUGCACUGGCUGUGAUGAGAGUAGCAUAUAUUAAAAGUGUACAGCUGGAAGGAAAGGCAGACCUGUAACACCUGACCGGACUUAUAAUAUUAGCACGCACGGGAGACGCAACACGUCCAUUAGGCCUCUUUCCAUCCCGGGAGACCCCACAAUGAUCUCGUCUUGUUUGCCAGGCGGCGGCAGAAUAACGUGCAGGACCACUGGCACCUUUUUGUCGGCGUGUCUGGUCUCCGCUUGUCAUGCUCUCCGGACCUGCGGGGAGGUCCAGUGCGGCGAUGGCCACCAGUGCUGUCCGCCCAUCGCCAACGGGAACGGCAGUGCCAACUCCGCGGUGCGCUGCUGCAAGCUCCCUAUCCACAUAUUCUUCGACAACGUAGGUUGGUUCACGCGGAAGCUGUCCGGCAUCCUCAUCCUGUUGCUGCUAUUCGCCAUGGGCUACUUCAUUCAGAGGAUCAUCUGCCCGCGGCCCCGCCGGCCUCCGCACAAUGACCGCAGUGAUGAGCCCUCCCUCUUUCACGGGCACGCAUCGGCGUCCCAGGACUCCCUACUGGACCGAUACCCCGAGUAUAGCCUCGGGGACUUUGCCUCUCCGAACCUGCCAGCAUACGACGAGGUCAAAUAUUUGCCCACGUAUGAGGAAAGCAUGCAGGAGAUGCACAGAGACCGGUCCGACGAUAACUUGCUGUCUGAAAACGAGAGUAUCGGGCAGGGCAGGGAGAGAGCGGCGGGACCGAGAGCGGCGGGACCGAGAGCGGCGGGACCGAGAGCGGCGGGACCGAGAGCCGCGGAGCAGAGGCGGGAAGUCCUCGAGGAGACUGCACCGCAACACAGCCCGAGGACAUCCCGGAACUCUGUCUGAGUCUGAGCCCGGGCAAAGCUAGAGACUAUAUAGCACUCUUAUUUUAAUAUUAUCAGGGUAAUUAUCUUGCAGAGAUAUAAACUCAAGUGCAAUUAUAAUCCUGAAUGUUAAGAAUAAAGAAGAAGGCUGAGAAAAUGUA